CUUCCUUUUUCUUUCGGCUGUUUAACACUAGCUUGACGCAGCGUGUAAUUUGCUAGCAGCCACGUCUCAACCUAAGGUGCCUAACAACCUGUUACCUUCAGUGAGCGGCACGUUUUCUGAUGGGACCGAGGUUCUGUUUAGUUACUGCUCCGUCAUGUAGUGUAGCAUAGUAAACAUGGCGGGUGGUUUAAUGGGAGGAGGCACUCCCUUUGUUGCAGAAAACAAACACAGCUAGCUAGCGUUAAUGUGCAGCUUCCUCCUUUGGAAAACCUCUACAGAGCAGCUGGCUCUGCAGCCAAAGCUGAAGCAACCACAUUUACCCAGAGUGGCUAAUGAGAGAAGGGGGAAGACAUGUAGCAAAGGUCAUCAGUCCGAACUGGAACCUGUGUCGUCAGCAUCGAGGACUAGGCCUCAGUAUGUGGGAUGUGCUUUUACCCUUGCGCCAACACAGCUCACCAACAUAUGGAGACUCAAGAGGCUCAUGAUUUCCAUUGUUCGUCAGAAUAUGAACUAGCCAUCAAAGCCGCUCAUCAGCUGCACAGGUCCCGUGAAUCCACCCAGUCAGCAGGUGAGAUGCAGGGCAACAAACAGCCGGCCAAGCAUUCGCUCUGGCACUUUCUGUCGCCGUUCCACACCCGGCAGGAGCGCGUGGUGCUGGCCCGGAGCGAGAGCCUGCCGGGGGAGCAGGUGCUGAAGAUCACGGUUACAGAAACCACGGUGAUCGAGGCGGAGUCCGGUGUGUGGAACUGGCGCUCCCUGUCCUACCUGGGUCUCUGGUACUUCUUCAGCUUCUGCACCUUGUUUCUCAACAAGUACAUCCUGUCGCUGCUUGAGGGGGAGCCCAGCAUGCUGGGUGCUGUUCAGAUGCUCUCCACCACCAUCAUAGGCUGCCUGAAGAUGUUCAUUCCCUGCUGCCUCUACCAGCACAAGUCCAGAUCUGAAUAUCCAUCCAACUUCAUCAUGAUCAUGCUCUUUGUUGGACUAAUGAGGUUCACCACCGUGGUUCUGGGAUUGGUGAGUCUGAAGAACGUGGCGGUGUCAUUCGCUGAAACGGUGAAGAGCUCGGCGCCCAUUUUUACUGUGAUCAUGUCCAGGUUGAUCCUUGGAGAAUACACAGGCCUCUGGGUAAACCUGUCUCUGUUUCCUGUCAUGGCUGGCCUGGCCCUCUGCACGGCGUCGGAGAUCAGCUUCAACAUGCUCGGCUUCUGCGCCGCGCUCUCCACUAACAUCAUGGACUGCCUGCAGAACGUUUUCUCCAAGAAACUGCUGAGUGGGGACACGUACAGAUUUAGCCCCCCGGAACUGCAGUUUUACACCAGCGCAGCAGCAGUCAUUAUGCUGAUCCCUGCCUGGGUGUUCCUCCUGGACGUCCCGGCAGCUGGAAAGAGUGGACAGAGCUUCUUGUUCAAUCAGGACGUUAUCCUGUUGCUGCUUUUUGACGGCGGCCUGUUUCACCUACAGAGUGUCACGGCCUACGCCCUGAUGGGACGGAUUUCCCCCGUCACUUUCAGUGUCGCCAGCACGGUGAAGCACGCCCUGUCGGUUUGGCUGAGCGUCAUCGUGUUCAGCAACCAGAUCACCCUGCUCAGCGCCACCGGCACCGUCGUCGUCUUCAUCGGCGUCCUCCUGUACAACAAGGCCCGGCAGAUCCAGAGGGAGACCCUGCAGGCCAUGGUAGCCGAGCAGAGCAGCAGACCACUUCUACGGGACCAGGACUUUGAACCUUCACAGGUUAAGUGAGGAUUAAAUGCCACAUAUUCCAGAUAGACACGGCCUUCAUGGAGGCGAAGUUGAACGGGGACGUCUGUUAGAUUAAACCCUUCUGCAUUCCUGUGGAUACGAGACAAACAGUAUUUCUUUACCACCUGUUUUAACCUCAUGAGCCCUUUAAGUGUCCUCUUUUUGUGUCUUUUUUACUUUUAUUUUUUAAAGCGGUCAACAUGAGAAGCUCAGGGAAGUGCUGCUUGGUUCUUCAUUCUGUGGUAGAGACGUUGCUAAACGUGUCGGAGCUGCAGCUUUUAAACUGUCCCGGGUCGUGCAGUCCGUACUGCGUCGUCCAGUGCGUCCUUAAAAACUCACUGAAGGUUAUAAAUAUGUGAAAGAGUUAUUGGUGCCUGAAUUUUGGUUGUUGUUGUUGUUUGGCUUGACACAUUUGUAGGAAAAUGUGACAUAUUAGAAAGCCAUGAUUUGCAUUCUAGGAAUGCUGUCAUGUAAAUGUUUGUUUUUUGUUUCUGUAAAAAAAAAAAAGGACUUUGUGACCAGUCAUGUUGGCUGGAGUUUGUGUAAACAGCAAACGGUCUUAUGGCUCACCGGUUAUCAGUCAUCAUCUCUAUUAUUCUUCUACUCUUUCAUGAAGUUUUGUGCCAAAAGGUGCGGCUUUAUCUUUUCCUUUGUGAUCAGAUUUACAGCUAGAGCUGAAUGAAUCGAACAUAAACUUCGCUUCACGUUGCUGCUUUUUGUUGCGGUUUGACCGUUUGCAAGUUUGUGCACAUAAACAGACGUGGAUGUUUUUGGUAUCUUCUAACUUAAAUCUGUUUUAAAUAAAGAAGGUGAAAACAACCAA